AUGUCGUUCGCGCUCGAGGAGACGCUGGAAUCCGACUGGGUAGCAGUGCGGCCCCAUGUGUUCGACGAGCGCGAAAAGCACAAGUUUGUCUUCAUUGUGGCCUGGAAUGAGAUUGAGGGCAAGUUUGCCAUAACCUGCCACAACCGGACGGCCCAGCGGCAGAGGAGUGGUUCCCGGGACCAGGCCGGGGCGCGAGGGGGCCCCGAGACCGGGGGUGCCGCCUCCGAUGGGCUCCGCGGGCCGGGGAGCCUGGCGGGCAAGGGCCGACCCGAGGCCACCGCCUCGACGACUCCGGGCCGAAGCCCGGGACCCCGAAGGAGCCCAGCCUGGGCAGAGGGCGGCUCUCCGAGGGGCGCGCGCAGCCUUCGAGUGGACCCGCUGCUGCGGACCCCAGGCAGCAAAGGGACUGAGAGUCCGCUCAGGAGCCCCGCGAGGGUCAAGUCCAGCCCGGUCCGGAGAGGAUCCGAAGCCCGCGAUGUGGCGGGGCCCGCCCCUGCGGCGCCCGGAGAGCUGCCGGUGUCCUCGGUGCGGGUGGUGAGCGCCUCCGGAGUGGUCUCGGAGGAGAUCGAGGUGCUGGAGCUGGUUAAAGAGGAUGAGGGGGCCACGGCGCCCAUGGCACUUUCGGACGCCGAGCCGCAGCCGCCCGCCGCCGAGCUGGAGUCCCUGGCCGAGGACUGCAGCUGGGCCGGCCUCUUCUCCUUCCAGGAUCUGCGUGCUGUGCACCAGCAACUCUGCUCCGUCAACUCGCAGUUGGAGCCCUGCCUGCCCGUAUUCCCGGAGGAGCCUUCGGGCAUGUGGACCGUGUUGUUUGGGAGCUCCCCCAAGAUGACCGAGCAAGAGAGAGACACUCUGUGUUACCAGCUCCAGGUCUACCUGGGCCACGGCUUGGACACCUGCGGCUGGAAGAUCCUCUCCCAGGUCCUCUUCACGGAGACCGACGACCCCGAGGAGUAUUAUGAGAGCCUCAGCGAGCUGCGACAGAAGGGCUACGAAGAAGUGCUCCAGCGGGCCCGGAAGCGCAUCCAGGAGCUCUUAGAUAAGCACAAGAAUACAGAGAGCAUGGUGGAACUUCUGGAGUUGUAUCAGAUGGAGGAUGAAGCCUACAGCAGCCUUGCAGAAGCCACAACUGAACUUUAUCAGUAUUUACUUCAGCCAUUCCGAGACAUGAGAGAACUUGCCAUGCUACGAAGACAGCAGAUCAAGAUUUCCAUGGAGAAUGACUAUCUGGGUCCCCGAAGAAUUGAGAGUCUUCAGAAAGAAGAUGCUGAUUGGCAGCGGAAAGCUCACAUGGCUGUGCUUUCUAUUCAAGAUCUUACUGUCAAAUAUUUUGAAAUAACAGCUAAAGCCCAAAAAGCUGUAUACGAUCGAAUGCGAGCAGAUCAGAAGAAAUUUGGUAAAGCGUCCUGGGCAGCAGCUGCUGAACGUAUGGAAAAGCUCCAGUAUGCAGUAUCUAAGGAGACUUUGCAGAUGAUGAGAGCUAAAGAAAUCUGUUUGGAACAGAGGAAACAUGCACUAAGAGAAGAGAUGCAGAGUUUGCAGGGUGGUACAGAAGCUAUCGCUAGAUUGGAUCAGUUAGAAUCUGAUUAUUAUGAUCUGCAGCUUCAGUUGUAUGAAGUACAGUUUGAAAUCUUGAAGUGUGAAGAGUUACUAUUGACAGCACAACUGCAAAGCAUCAAAAGGCUUGUAUCAGAAAAGAGAGAUGAAGUGGUAUACUAUGACACUUACGAAAGCAUGGAGGCCAUGCUGGAGAAGGAAGAGAUGGCAGCAUCUGUGCAUUUACAGAGAGAAGAGCUGCAGAAACUGCAGCAGAAAGCACGCCAGCUAGAAGCAAGACGUGGACGCGUUUCAGCCAAGAAAGCCUACCUCAGAAACAAAAAGGAAAUUUGUAUUGCAAAACACAGUGAAAAAUUCCAACAACGCCUUCAGAGUGAAGAUGAAUAUAAAACACAUCACACAGUACAGCUAAAGAGAGAAAAAUUACAAGAUGAAGAAGAACGAAAAAGUGCCUGGGUUAGCCAAGAAAGACAGAAAACACUGGACAGACUUCGAACGUUUAAACAGAGGUAUCCUGGACAAGUUAUACUUAAAUCCACCCGAUUGAGAAUGGCUCAUGCAAGAAGAAAAAGCACAGCAAGUCCAGUACCCUGCGAAGGUCGGUGUGACUCUCUACCAGGGUCACUACAGGUAGAAGAGAAAGCUGACGAGGUGGAGGAAAGAAAAGGCAGUCUUGGGUCAUCACAGACAACAGAACCCCAGAGCCUUGCGCAACUUGAAGAUACUUCAUUAGCACAACUUGAAGCCACUUCAUUACCUCUCAGUGGUGUUACCUCGGAACUGCCUCCCACUGUAUCUCUUCCACUUUUGACUAAUAAUGACCUUGAACUAGGUUCUCUUACCAUAGAUUCACUCACACCACCUCUUCCUUCAACACCACCUCCACCACCACCACCACCACCUCCUCCCCCUCCCCCUCCUCCACCGCCACCCCCUCUGCCUGUUGCUAAGGACAGCACCCCAGAGACACUGGAGAAAGGUCUGCCUAGAAUGGAGGGGAACGAGAAGAAGAUCCCGAAGUCUGCCAGUGCCCCCUCAGCACACCUCUUUGAUAGCAGCCAGCUGGUCAGUGCCAGGAAGAAGCUAAAAAAGACUGCUGAGGGUUUGCAGAGGAGGAGAGUGAGCUCACCCAUGGAUGAGGUGCUAGCUUCCUUGAAGCGUGGUAGUUUUCAUCUGAAAAAAGUUGAACAGCGAACUCUGCCUCCUUUUCCUGAUGAAGAUGAUAGUAAUAAUAUCUUGGCACAAAUAAGGAAAGGGGUAAAAUUGAAGAAAGUACAGAAGGAAGGUUUAAGAGAAUCCUUCACGCUCCUGCCGGAUGCAGACCCUCUAACACGAAGCAUCCAUGAAGCUCUUAGAAGAAUUAAAGAAGCAUCCCCCGAGUCAGAAGAUGAAGAGGAGGCUCUCCCUUGCACAGACUGGGAAAACUAACAAGU